CAAAGUCGCCGUGCCAAUUCCUCCCUUUCUUCGGUGCUUCGCUGCUCCCGUUCUUUCAUUCCCCUCCCAACUCCGCCUCGCCGGAAAGAACAACCGCGGAGCGCCGCCGGCGGAAGCGAGGGCCGCGGCCUCCCCCGCCUCCACUCCCUGACCUUGAGCAGCUCAGCUUCCUGUAUUUAAGAGGGAGUGAUGGCUAAGGUGGAGUCAUCAUCAGAUAAUGUGAUGCAUGACCAUGAGCAGCCUGUUAAGCCACGGAUUCUCCUGGCUGCCAGCGGAAGUGUAGCUGCUAUAAAAUUUGAGUCUCUUUGCCGUAGUUUUUCGGAGUGGGCAGAAGUCAGAGCAGUAUCCACAAAGUCAUCCUUGCACUUUUUAGAUGAAGCAUCACUUCCAAGGGGUGUGACUCUUUACACAGAUGAUGAUGAAUGGUCUAGUUGGAAGAAAAUCGGAGAUGGAGUGUUGCACAUCGAACUACGAAAAUGGGCAGAUAUUAUGGUAAUUGCUCCAUUAUCAGCAAAUACCCUAGCUAAGAUUGCAGGAGGACUUUGUGACAAUCUAUUAACAUGCAUUGUGCGAGCUUGGGAUUACAGCAAGCCUCUGUAUGUUGCUCCUGCCAUGAACACCUUCAUGUGGAACAACCCCUUAACGAAGCGUCAUUUAGAAGCAAUCGGCGAACUUGGUAUAACUUUGAUUCCAUCCAUCACGAAGAGGCUGGCUUGUGGAGAUUAUGGAAAUGGGGCAAUGGCUGAACCUUCCGUAAUCUAUACUACAGUGAGGCUUGCUUACAAGCCAUCGCCAGUAAAUGGAUCUGGUUGAUUCUCACAUGUUAUCAGGUGCUAAUCAACUUUUUAACCUAACAUUUUCUCUGUAGCUGUCUUGUUUUGCUCUGCAUAAUGAAAGAUACUAUGCUUAAAAAUCCACUUUGGUUGUUUCUCCUUGUCAGUCAGAAGGAAGGUCAUCUGCAUUGGAGUAUAGUUCUUUUAAAUUGCUUCUUAAGAAGCCAUAGUGACUUUGUAAUUAGAGUUGUAUAAUACUUUAAAAAUCUUCUGGCAAAUUCUAUUGUCUCCUAUAAACUGAAGGGCUGUGAUGUACAUGAUGGAUGGCAAUAGAUUCAUGAUCCAGAUUUUAAUGUGUAGAAAUCAUGACAGUUGGAAUCU